CUCGUGGUUCAGUAAGAGCACAUCAUACAGGCAAGCAUACCACCAUAUAGUUGCGGACGAUGAGCUCGCGGUGCCCGGCCGGCUCGCCGAACUCCACGUCGUGGCGCCACGACGACCACCCCGCUCCGACGCACGGCGCCGGUGGCCAGUCUUCCCAGCUGUUCCCUGUUCCAAACGUCGCGGCAUCCAUUGCGAGCUACCUCGCCUCCCAGCCGCCACAGCCUCACACCAACACGCGCCGACCACCCGUUGGCGUCGACACCCCCCUGUCCCAGCAUCCUCCCCGCCAGCACAGCACCGCGGCGCUGCGCCCGUGGGCGCCGGGCCACCAGCACCGCGCCACACCCGCCGCCCCGUGGACGUGGUCGCCCACGUUCGCGCUGCCUCCUCCUCCUAGCAUUCCGUCUUGGACCGUGCGGCCGAACGUGAUGGUCCCAGGUGAGAUCCAUUACGUCGCCUCCGGCGGCGGCACGGCGGGGACGGCCGGCGACUACGCGCCAGGCUGCCUGCGCGUGGCGAGGCGCGCCGGGUGUAAGGCGGCCGACAAGGGGCGCAACUUCGUGCUCUCGCCGCUGUCGCUCCACGCGGCGCUCGCGCUGGUGGCCGCCGGCACGAACGGCGAGACGCGGAUGGAGCUGCUGGGUUUCCUGGGGUCGGCGUCGCUCGACAAGCUGCAGCACGCCGCGGCUACAAAGCUGGUUGGCGAGCUCAGCGGCCUCCCGCAGGCGUCCUUCGCGUGCGGCGUCUGGGUGGACCGACGGUGGGAGCUCAAGCCGGAAUUCGCGGAGGUCGCCGGUGCUGUGUACACCGCCGUCGCAGAAUCCGUGGACUUCGUGUCACAGGCCGAACAGGUAAGGCAGCGUGUCAACGCCUUUGUGGCGGACGCGACGAAAGGGCACAUCCGUGCCGUCCUCCCUCCCGACUCCGUCGGGGCCUCCACGGUGGUCGUCCUCGCAAACGCUCUCUACUUCAAGGCGACGUGGGCUCAGCCGUUCGACCCGUCAAGAACCUUCCACGCGCCGUUCCAUCUCCCCGACGGCGCCACGGUGCGAGCCCCGUUCAUGACGAGCACGUUUGAGCAGCACGUCGCCGUCUUCCCCGGUUUCAGGGCCCUCAAGCUGCCCUACAGCCGCAAGAACGGCAACCAGUGGCGCCAGGACGCGUGCUUCUACAUGCUUCUACUCCUCCCUGACGAUGCGGCUCGCGGCCUCGGUGAUCUCUACGGCAAGGCUGUCUCGACGCCGGAGUUCAUCCGGAAGCACACGCCGGCGGGCAAGGUUCCGGUCGGGAUGCUCAUGGUCCCCAAGUUCAAGUUCACGUUCGAGUUCGAGGCGUCGGAGGACAUCCGUCAGGUGGGUGUGGCCAAAGCUUUCGGAGGCGGCGACUUUUCCGGCAUGGUGGCCGGCGGAGAUGGGCUCUACAUCACGGGAGUGUACCACAAGGCCACCGUCGAGGUGGACGAGGAGGGCACCGUGGCCACCGCAGCCACGGCCGUGAGCAUCUGCUUCUGCGCGAGCCAAGGCCUGCCGGUGGAUUUCGUGGUGGACCGGCCGUUCUUGUUCGCCGUGGUCGAAGAGAGGAGUGGCGCCGUGCUGUUCCUUGGCCAUGUGGUGAAUCCCCUGGCGGAGUGAUAAUGGCUUCUUCACCAUCUAUGUGGAGGUGGUUCCCCGGCAAGACUACUAUUCUCCGUCAGAAUAACGAUUUUCAUAAUAUUUGUCAUUUGUCCGUAAUUAAGUUUGGAAAUGCUUGUUCAUCAAGGUUUUAUAAGACAUACUCCAGUCGGUCUUUAAAAACAUGAUGUUCUGGUCAUAAAAACAAGAUGUAUAAAA